AUGGGAACGGACUCCGACCUUGCCAGCGACGAAGAACGACUGUUCCCUCAAUCGAUACGGCCCCUGAACACUAUUACAAACUCACCGUCACAUCGUACCGUUCGAAAGGCCUCCGAUUGGCCUGUGGUUGCCUCUAGUCAGAAGGGUCAAAUUGUCCGACCUUCUGAUGAAUCACCUGUCCGGGAAACUGUCCAGCUACCGUCGCCUUCACCGACUCAACCUGUUCAGAAAUUUUACCGUCCACAACAGCCACAGUCGCCUUCAGCUCAUCAAGCCCAAUCACCGUCGCAAAGGGAUCACGUCAAUUCAAGUGUCAAUAAUGAUGACGAUUCAGAUACGCCAUCAGUAACUGACGACCACCAACAACUAGAGCUUUCUCGAGGAUCGAUGGGGACGAAGCUUCGGGAUUAUAUAGGGCUCUCCAAGCAAGUUGUCAGGAAGAGCCUCAACAAUUUUGAAGCCGGCGUCAUAGGGUACCAUAUGUUUCCCCAACCGGAAACAGCUUACUUAUUUGUGCAGGAUAUCUGGGACAGUCAGAACGAGUUCCUAACAGAGAGAGGCGAAAAACCCUUCAGGCUUACAAAUGAGGUUGUUCGAUUGAUGUUUCGCAGGUCCACCCGCAUACGCGGGGCUUGUCGUGGCCGUAUCGAGCCAUUGAUUGGACCGACCUUCAAGUUUGACACUCGAUACAACAGUGCCCGUGUCAAGCAAAAGAAUUUACAAAGAUACAUUCUGCUCUCAACUGAUUUCGGUUGGUAUUACAAAGAUCCUGAGAACCGUAUAGGUUAUAUGAAAAAUUCAAUUAUAUUCGACGCCAUCUGUGCGGUAUUGUAUCACAACAAGAGGGCACAUGGAGUGUGUGGGAAUCCGUGGCUCAACCCAGUACAGAAGCCCACUAUUGCCUUUGCCUUCACAAUCGUUGAAUAUUGUUUAGAAAAAUGGUCAACUGGCGUGUUUGUCGAAACCGAAAUGGACGAGAACGCCUUGCAACCCGUUUAUCAAAAGCACCUGGCACGCGUCGAAGAAUGGUUAGCCCUCGAUACCAAGAAGACGACCAAGAUCCGGGAAGCAUGGACAGCGCGCGGACUGGCACUGGUAGGUGUCACGAGUUAUGACAGCGCCGAGGAGGAUGUUAGCAUGUCAAGAGAAGACCGGGACAACGCCCUUCGUGAGCUCCAAGAAUCAGAUGGAUGCGAAUCAGAUGAGUCAAAUGAUUCUGGUUAUGAGCACCCGCAGAGAACGGAGAAUAGAGAUGGAGGUCAGAAAGGGAAAGGGAAGGCAGUCGAGACAAGGGAGGCUUGUGACGAUGGCUUGGAGAUGAGGGAAACUGGAGGGGAAUCGGAAUCGGAACCAGACAUUGGACAGUCGUAG